UAAAUCGGGAAACGUCACUAGUGUCAUGUAGAUUUGUUUGGGUUCGUAUUUAUCAUGACGUAACUAUUUAAAUGUCAAAAUUUGGGGUGUAAAUAUUUGGGAAAUAUAAUAAAAAUGGCAACAUUACCGCCUCGGAGAAAUCUUACGCCCACUAAAAUAUCUAAGCAGCACUUGACGCCUUUACAAAUAUUACUGCAGAUGGGUUUUCCAAAGCAUAGGGCAGAGAAAGCUUUAGCUGCUACAGGCAAUAGAGGCGUACAAUUAGCUUCCGAUUGGCUUUUAGCCCACGUUAAUGACCCACUAUUAGAUGAUACAUCUCCUCGUGAAUACAUAUUGUAUGCAUGUCCAACUGGAGAAUUCUUAGAGCAAUUACAAUCGUUUUGGGAGAAAUCUUUGGAAAUGUGUGGGUGGAAUGGGGCACAUAAUUUUACUCCACAUAUUACUUUAGUAUCGUUUUUUAAAGCUCCUGAUGAAGACUCAUUGCAUUUAGGUCAAAUGCUGAAAGCUGUUAUGGAAAGACAAGGGGCCACUUUAAAUGAAGCUUUAAAAUUGGAGACUUAUACUUCACCAAAUUUUAUGGGAUUUUUUGUUGCUGAGGAGCAUGCUGAUUAUUUAAAAAGAAUUGCCAUGCAAUAUGUUAAGGAGGUUUCUAAUGCUAUUAUUAGCGACACUUACGAACAUUUCGACGCACUAACUGCCUGCUUUCCAUGGUGUACAACUACAACAGCUCGAUGCAUCCCCAGGGGUAGCCGAUCUAUUAGUUUGGAACCCCACGUAAAAUCUCUUCAUUUAACUUUAGCGUAUCAAUUUCCAAGUAAUCAUUAUGCCUCCUUGAAAGGAUUUGUUGAUUCUUUGGACCCAAAUAGCUCCUCAACGUGGGAAUUAAGACUGUAUUCAAGAGAUCCGAGGGUAACCGGUAAACAAGUCCACAAGGUGAUUCAUCCUUACAAUCCGACCGAAUGUGACGAAUUGGAACUCCACACAGGAGAUUACGUUUACAUAAGUAAUGAAGCUUUGGCGAAUUCGCCGGACGGCUGGGUUGAAGGAAUUUCUUGGUUAACUGGGCUAACCGGAUUAUUGCCGGAAAGUUACACAGAAAGGACUGCCGAAUCCGACGCUUGGACACUCCACAGAAAAGUUUCUUUAAAUUCGUUAAAUCCGGGAGGAAGUGGAGACGCACCAAGUAAACAUUCAAGUCUACAAAAAACUCCUCUUCAGCAAGUUAAUAUUCCCAGAAAACUAUCUGAUACUAUAUCGCCAGAAGAAAUCGAUGAAGUUUUAAGAAAAUUAGAGAUAAGCGGUGAUAAGGAAGACGUUGUUGAUGGCAUGGAUACAAAAGAGGACAUUGGAGAUAAAGGAAAAGAUAAUACUUACGAAAAUAUCAAUAAAUUAGCUGAAACUGGUGGAAAUACGAUGGAAAUCGAUGAGACGCAAAAACUUUUUAUAAUGCGCCAUGGAGAAAGGGUGGAUUUUACAUUUGGUUCAUGGAUACCAUAUUGUUUUGAUGAACAAGGAGAGUAUUUAAGAAAGGAUUUAAACAUGCCGAUUUCGCUUCCGAAAAGGUCCCAAGGUCCAGCAUCUUACAUAAAAGAUUCUCCGUUAACGAACAUUGGUAUUUUACAAGCAACACUCGUCGGAGAAGCAUUAAAAGAUAACAAUGUUACAAUCGAUUACGUUUAUUGCUCACCUUCGUUUCGUUGUAUUCAAACAUGUGAUGGAGUUUUGACGGGUUUAGGAAAGCAAAAUGAUAUCAAAAUUAAAGUUGAACCUGGUUUGUUUGAGUGGUUAAUUUGGUACCCGGAUUCUUUACCGAAUUGGUUUACAUCUGAUGAACUAAUAUCAGCUGGAUAUAAUAUUGAUAAAGAUUACGAACCGAUAAUUGCGUCGAGUGUUUUAACCGAACGUCAAGAAUCAUGCGAAUUAUUUUACAGUCGAAGCAGUUUUGUUACACAAAAGACUUUAGAAUGGCACACAACUGGAAAUAUUUUAUUUAUUGGUCACGCAGCGACUUUGGACGUUUGUUCGCGUGAAUUAAUCGGGAAAAAACCGAGAAACGCUACUGAUUUUACAAAAAUUCUUCAAAAAGUACCUUAUUGUAGUUUGAUGAUGUUGGAACGCAAUGAAAAUGUGUGGAAUAUUGUUGAACCUCCAUGUCCACCCGUUACUCAUUCUAAUAACCAGAGGUUCGAUUGGAAAGUAAUACAAUAAAAAUAAAAUUCAAAAGAAAAGCUCAAUGCCCUCCUUCAUUCCAUUUUUUUCCGCUAAAAAAGCAAAAAUAAAGAGAAAAACGUUGUGAUUUACCAAAGAUAUCACGAGUAUAAAAGAAAAUACACGUUGUUGUUGUAUUAUAAAUUUCAAAACCCGUUGGAUUGCGCGUAAACAAUACUAAUUUUUAAGUAAGAGAUAAUUAUAUUUAUGUGAAAGCGUUAAAAUGUGUAAAUAAAUUUUAUUGAAUUAAAAAAAAAAUCUUGUUUAUAUUUUUC